AUCAUAUCAGGUAUUAAUUCCCACUGUUUUCAGAUUUUUUUCCCCUCUCUGAGCGUAUCUACUACAGCUGUUUUUGAUCACUUUCUGCUGUUUGAUUGUUCAUUUGCGAGCUCAUAUAGAUUUAUAUUUUCUGUAAUUUUUGUGUUUCCUGUUAUGGCCUUCGAUGGUUUUUAAUUUUGAUUGAUUGCUUUUUAUUUUAUGUGAAUUCAUUGCUGAAUUUUGUUAGGGUUUUAUUGGGGUUUUAAUCCAUGGUUUUGGUUGCUGCUGGAGUGUGUCCUUUAAUGGGGUUUUAACCUUUUUUGGGUGGCUCAGGUGUGCCUCUUGGAUUGUUCUAAUACAGUUAUACGUUUCGCUUAUGGUGGAUAGCUGGUAGCAGCAUGUGAUGCCCAAGUGAAUAAAAUUUUACAUGGAUAUUGGAGAUAAAAUACAAGGAUAAAUGGGAGGUUGCUGCUGUUGUUCUUCCAAGGAAGCUGAACUAAAUAGUGCGCCGCCUUAUUAUUAUUACUCCAGAGCAUCAGAAGAGCAUGUCCCACUAUCAUCCCGUCAUGGUGCUGCGUCUGCACUCCCCUUGGGACUCUUGGUUGAUACAAACCUUGACACGUCAGUCCCUGAUGCUUACAGGCCGCCUCCUCCACCUAUGCCAUUUGAUGUGGCUCUAGGACAUUCUCCAACUCCUCAAGGGGCUCAGGAAACUUCCAGUGAUAAAGAUGAUGGAACAGUGCAAACAACAAAUUCUGAUUCUGUUCAAGAAACAACUGGCAUGAAUACUCGAGAAACAUUGGCCAAGUGUGAAGAUAUGAAGGAGUCAGACUGUAAAGCACAGACUAAUUUAGAACUUGAUUCAGCAAAGGAGCUAGAAGUUGAGCUCCCAAAGUCGGUUGAACCUCUUGUUUCAGCAACAGAGGAGGAUGAUUGUUGUCCCAUCUGUCUGGAAGAGUAUGAUGCAGAGAAUCCAAAAAUUACCACAAAAUGUGAGCACCAUUUUCACCUUGCAUGCAUUCUUGAAUGGAUGGAAAGAAGCGACACCUGUCCUGUUUGUGAUAAGGAAAUGAUAAUCGACCCUCCUAUUGAUUAGUAGUUAUGCAGAAAUUUCAACUAUGGUCAAAUGCAGAAGAUUUUUUUGUUCUUUAGCAUCCACUGUUAGUGGUUGCCACAGAUGCGUAUGCAGCUGUUCCUGUUACUUUUGAAGAGUCAGUGCCAAUAUGCUUAUUGCCUUUGCGCUAAAAACUCUUUCAAACAUAUACAAUUUGAAAAGCAAAUGAAAGAAAAGGGAGGAGGAUGGGGAGUUGGACGAGAAGCAAAAAAAAAAAAAAAAAAAAGACCAUAGUUGGAUGCUGGUCCUGCAUAUAAUUCCUGAUGUCCAUUACUUCUGAAGCUUUUGUCAAAGCAGUGUAACAGUAUAAUGUGUAAAUUUGCAUUAUGCAUGAUGCUAGUCAUAUUACUUGUACAAAGAUUUUGUUAUUGCCUGAAGAGAGAAGUCCAUUGGUGGGCUGCCCUUUCUCUCCCCUCCCCGUCCUCAUAUAGAUUUCUGCAAUUUUCAAACUGAAGUACUGUUGACGUCUUCAUUUUAUUUGUUUGUGAGAUUACUUGAUGGUGGAAGGUUUGAUCAGUGUAAGUCGAGGAAUGAUAAAAAAGAAGGGUCUUUGUUUUCAAGAUAAUUCGUGUAAAUAAUACUUAUCUGGAUUUUAGAUGAAGGAUUGGUUUUUGUUGA